CAAAACCUUCCAACGCUGCCCCUACUUGAAUGAUAUAUCUCUCUAAUACCGCGAUCAAACAUCUUGUUUAAGAACCGUACUGUUAUUGAUCUAUUUUUUACGGGUAUACCACCGAAAAGGUUACCUUUCCCAUUAUAAAUGAGCACAAUCAUUGAUUUCGCGAUACUUUCUCUUGCCGUUCACCCCCUGUUGUGGAGCGACCAAAGACCCUUGGAGGAACUUACAUUCACAAUGCGUUUAUACAAUUGCUUCUCAUUUGGAACAUAUCAGCUUUAACGCUUCAAUUAACUGUUUAAACUUCCAAUCGGAAAUUAAUAAUUUUCAUUUUUUUAUAAAUUGAAUUCAGAAAUCCAUCUUUUCAGGUGUGAAAGAAAUGACGAGGAACAAAAUGAAAACUUUACACAUCUGAUUGUAAAUGUAAAUAGCGUAAUCAAAUAGCAAUACAGCCUUCUUUAGUGAGCAGUAAAGCCCGAGAGAACUGCGAAGACUGUAAAAUGAUUUCGGAGAAUAGUGCUGUGCAGAAGUCUGGGAAGCGGGCGAAGGCGAAGAAGGUGUCAAAGGAGAUAGAGGCGGAAAUGAAUGCUAUUAAGGAGGUAACCAUCGCCAAUAACCUCACGGCGGAAGUUCUGGAACCGGAAGACUAUGAUACAGAUCUGGAAGAAGAAAAAUACCCCAAAUGCUAUACAGUGCCUUUAGAGGAACGUCCACGUGUAAUUUACACAAAAGCUUGCCACAAAUUCAAUUUGACUCCCUCAUCCUCCUGUCUGCGAGGAAUGACGACAGGGAUCGUCAACUUAAAUCAUCAAAAUCUGGGACCAGAUGGCGCCAAAGCUGUUGCAUUAGGUCUUGUAUUAUGUGAGACGGUGUCUGAACUUCACAUGUCAGGGAACAAUAUAGGACACAGCGGAACCAAAUAUAUAAUAGACAUGCUCAGAGAAAACGAGAACAUAGCAGUGGUGAAUUUGGCUGACAAUAACCUGCAGUCUGAUGGUGCUAGGUUGUUGUGUGAAAUGUUAAAUGAAAAUGACGCAAUUUUGUCUGUAAAUGUUUCAGGAAACAAUUUCAAACCUACAGAUGCCCAUUCAUUUUACACAAUGAUGUCAUAUUAUAGGUGUACAUUGAAGGAACUCGAUAUUUCAAAUAAUAAUUUUGGAGAAUAUGGCGGAAAACUUAUAGGGGAAGCAAUAGGUAACAAUGACACGAUUGAAACGCUUAACAUAAGUUGGAACGGAUUCGGGUUUAAUGGAGCUAAGGCAAUUGCUAAAGGACUUGAGGAAAAUACGUGCUUGAAGUCUUUGGACAUAUCGUGGAAUGGACUUGAAGAUCAUGGGUCAGAACUGAUCGCUACAGCGACAUCAAUUAAUGACGUCAUGAUUAAUUUAAACUUAUCAGCCAAUAGAAUUGGACCGAAAGGACUUGGGCUAGUAUUAAAGGCCAUUUCAAACAAUAAAUCAAUAAAGUCGUUAAAUGUGAGUCGAAAUCCUAUAACAUUUGAAGGCCCAGUUAUUGCGGUUCAAACAAUAUUAGAACAUCCUGAAUGCGGACUGGAAUCCAUAGAGUUUAGGGAUAUGUGUGUUCCUCGUCAGUUUUUACCCAUUUUAAUGAAAAUCCACGAAGGCAAGCCACAGUUCCGCGUGAAACAUGGCGGAUAUGUGAACGCCUCUGAUGUUCUCCAUCACUCUAUGGAACAGAGAAUGGAACACGUCCUAAAUGAUCCUAUGAUGAGAUUAUUACAAUAUGUCCACGACCGGAAGCUCCGACUCGCCGACCUCUUCUUCCAGUUUGAUACAGAUAGGAAUAUGACCAUCAGUGACAGUGAAUUCGUCGCUGGGAUAAGGAGAGCAGGAAUUCCGAUGACAGAUACCCAGAUUCAAGAACUGGUAGAUAAACUAGAUGUUGAUGGAGAUGGCGAAAUUGAUUUUGGCGAACUGAAACUUGGAGAAAAGAAAUAUCUACAGAGAAUACAAAAAGUUGGUGUUGAAUUACCGUUCGGAAGCAAGACGGGAAAACAGUCCUCCCGACCAGCCUCCAAAACGUCCAAUGUGAGAUCCAGACCAGCAUCGAACACGUCACGUCCGGUUUCCAGCACGUCUGCGCAAACCAUGGACAGACCGAUGUCUAACACGUCACGUCCAGUUUCCAGAAGAUCUGUGCAAAUCAUGGACAGACCAAUGUCUAACUCUUCGAAGAAAACAGAGCGCCCUAAAACAGAUCCAACCACAGUUUCACUGUCAAAAGAAAUGAGCGACUUGAAAACAGAUUUAGAGGACUUGACAGACAGCUCCUCGUCAGGAGAAUCGGAAGAGGAAGGUGAUAACACAUAAUCCAGUGACUGAACAGUUUACUUCACGUGCCAAAAUUAUUUGAAAAAGUACC